ACGGCUGACUUGGAAUCAGAUGGCUUGGCCAGUCGCAAGCGAGCCGUGACAUCGUGAACGGUUCGCAGCCUCCGAGCGUGCUCUCACUCAAUACUUAGGGUAUUCGAUGAUUACGCGCUACACUGGCCAUCGGGUGCGUUUAGAAACUUGUCAAAUUAAAGAAUUCCGGUUAUAAGAUCACGCGUCGUCGCAUCCGUAUCAAGGACUGUGUAGUUUUUUUUAGUUUUCAGUGAAUUUUGUGUUGCGGACUUUUGAGUGAGUUCAUUGAUGCUACUGUGAGGCUGAUUCCUGAUUUAGGUCACGAAGCAAUGCCGCAUAAGUUUUAAAGUUGGGUGCGCGUGCGCAUUGUGGACAUUCGUGGGUUUGACAGUAGUGGGGGUGUUAGGGGGUGUUUUGGGGGGUAGCGGGUGGUGUGGGGCGAAGUCUGCGGGGUGGCGCUGCACGGGGGGUGGGGGCGGCCGGCGCCGGCGCCCGCGCACGCCGCCACCACGCUGGUCGGCGGGCUGGUCGCGCCGCCGCGGGAGCCAACCACGGCGGCAGAGGCUUUCUGGAAGAUGCCGCAUAAGGAUGAGCUGAUGCAUAGCGCGGCGAUGGGGGGCGGAGCCCUAUUCGGGUGCUCCUCAGCCGGUCACAGUGGCAUCAACCAGCUGGGUGGAGUCUACGUCAACGGCAGGCCGCUGCCAGACUCCACGCGGCAGAAGAUCGUGGAGCUGGCGCACUCGGGGGCGCGGCCCUGCGACAUCAGCCGCAUCCUCCAGGUCUCCAACGGCUGCGUCUCCAAGAUCCUCGGCAGCUUUGCACACAGAUAUUACGAAACGGGGUCCAUUAAGCCCCGGGCGAUUGGCGGCUCUAAGCCCAGGGUGGCUACGACCCCAGUUGUCCAGAAGAUUGCUGACUACAAGAGGGAGUGCCCUUCGAUCUUCGCCUGGGAGAUCAGGGAUCGUCUGCUGAGUGAAAACGUGUGCAAUAACGACAAUAUACCUAGUGUUUCUUCCAUCAACCGCGUCCUAAGAAACCUGGCUUCUCAAAAGGAGCAAGCAGCAUCAGCCCAAAACGACAGCGUGUACGAAAAGCUAAGGAUGUUCAACGGCCAAGCAGCCACUGGGUGGUGGUACCCUGGUCUACCGGCCGCACCUGCAGCCCCUGCGAUACCUGCGCCUUUGCCCCCUCAGCUGAAUAGGACGACCGCUGAGGAGCAUAAACGAGCAGAUCCCUUACAAUCGGAGGCUGGGUCAGACGGCAAUAGUGAACACGCGUCAUCAGGAGACGAGGACUCGCAGAUGAGGUUACGACUCAAGAGGAAGCUGCAGAGGAACCGAACAUCCUUCACUAAUGACCAGAUAGAUAGCCUUGAGAAAGAAUUCGAGCGGACGCACUACCCGGAUGUGUUCGCGCGGGAAAGAUUGGCUGAAAAGAUCGGAUUGCCUGAGGCACGUAUCCAGGUCUGGUUCUCCAAUCGUCGAGCAAAGUGGCGUCGCGAAGAGAAGCUUCGUAGUCAAAGACGCGAUGCUCCCGCGGCUUCACCCCCCGCGCCUCCGACGCCGCGGCUGCCUCUCAACGGAGGCUUUAACUCUAUGUACAGCCCCAUCCCGCAACCUAUUGCUACCAUGGGCGAGUCUUAUAGUGCGCUUGGUUCCGACAGCGCGAUGUCGGGUGGGCUGACUUCGUCGUGCCUGCAGCAGAGAGACGCUGGUUAUCCGUACAUGUUUGGCGACGUGCUGGGUAGUGGAGGCUACUCGAGAGCGCCGGCAGCUCAUCAGCAGCAUGCCGCGUAUUCACAGCCUCAAGGAACCGCUGGCACUGGUGUGAUAUCAGCGGGGGUGAGCGUGCCUGUGCAAAUACCAUCGCAAGGGCCAGACCUCGCGUCAAACUACUGGGGACGGCUUCAGUGAUCUCAGCUAUUCGGGUUCCCGCAUCGGCUUCUGUCGAUGCCUGAGAACCCGACCAACAUACCUGAGUCCCCAUCUAGCGGCGAAAUCGCGCACAACUACGCCGACGCGCACUUGUCUAUGAACGCAGCUAUCAACAUGACGGCCGGACAUGAUGCCAACGUUUUGGCGGCAGAUUUGCAAGAACAAAACAAUUCAGUAUCGUAAGUGUUUACAAGAGACUGUUAAUGUACACCGUUCGUUUCACAAACCGAUUUUAUUUUCUUUGUAGUGAGAUUUCAUUUCAAAUGGUGCAAGUUGUUUUCUUGUUUGUACAAUAGUUUCGGAUUACACCUUAAUAUUAAGAGGCAACUGAUGAUGUUCAAACUUAGUCGUAAGCCGUAAGACCGUACACGAUGACAUUGUGCUGUGCACUGCCGAACGAAUUCUAUUAUUUAAUUUAUUAUUUGCUUAAACAUAACACUAUGUAUAAAUAAAUACGAAAUAUUAAACUAGGCAUGUUUCAUUGCGUACGGUCAAUAAAUAGUAAGCUAGUAAAACAAUAGCGUGCAAUUGUAAAUAUAGAACAGCGCCAUCUAUUGUCGAGUAGAGAAAGUUUCUAUAAUGGCAGCCGAGAUGUGCUCGCCAGGAAAUAAAAUGUAAAUUGUUUGUGCCAACGUUUGUAAUAAUCGAGUGUUAUGCGCCCUUUGCGUGCACAACCCUUUCUAUUUCUUUGAUGUAUGCAAUAGGGGUGCGAAAUGUUAAUGCCAUAGAGAAAAAACGUGGCAAUGAGCUUCGUUAUAGCGUUUGUUUCACACCCCUGCCUUCACCAACUUGUCAUACAAACUAAUCAUGUUUGUUACUAUUGUGAUGAUUCUUGUAUAAUAUUGUUACUAAAUAGAUGUUGUACGUAAUGUGUCAACUCAAGUUCAUUAGCAAACCUUGAAACGAAUUAAUUUAUUAUUUAUUGGUAAAAUUUAAGGUCAAUAUUGCUGUGAUUAAAAUAUAGAUUUAUAAGAUUCCUUUGCCACCAAAAUUUUGGACGAAUUGUUAAAAUUAACAGCACUGAAAUUACUUACUGUACAAACCGGUAUAGAGAAAAUGAAUAGGUCUACUUAACAUUGUAUUAUUCUCACAUUUCUUUCACAUUGGUGCUGGUUAACAGCACAAACUAUCAUUUAAUUACUACUUGAUAAAUAUGUACAUUUAUAAUAUAUAUUUUCAUUAAAAAAUGCAAUAUGGACGUGGUAGAGGCGUUACGGUAACGUUGUAUGUAAUGUAAUUUAGUUUGAUUAAGUGUAAAAUAAAUUAUUACUUGAUAUAAGUGCAUAUAGAUUGAGGAGAUUACAGUGAAAUUUAUUAAUAAAUAUUGCAUUAACCAUUA